AUGAAGCCACUAGAGCAAUCUGUCCGUCGUUAUGGACGGUUGAUUUCCCGCAUCAUAUUUAAGCAAAAGCUCCUUGGUUUUGCACCUACAGACGGCAGCCUGCCUUCAGCGGGGGAGCCGAUACUUCUCGACCCUGACGGGUAUGAAAAGAUUACCGGGCGCGAGUCAAAGAUCUUCACCACACUGGAGUUGCCGCUGCAGACAAGCAGUGUCAUUGUCAUCGGAAGCUUGCAGAAGUUGUGGCCCCUUCGCCAGAUUGCAGAUGCAGCCAAGGUCUACUUCAGACACAUCCAAGAAAAGUGGGAAAUGUUUGACAUGCAAGUUAUCAAGAGUCCUUGGCCCUGCGCCAAGGGCGUACUGGCUAUUGACGACAGUAACAAAUGUGCCGCUAUCUUUAGAGCCUACAACCUGCCCGAACAGAUUGGUGUCUUGCUGUAUAGAGAACAUGGGUAG